UAAGAUCCCUUAAAAAAGAUAAUGAAUUUUCUCCAAAAAGAAGAUUUUUUUAGAACUCUUGUUUAGUGAGGUAAUCUUAUAAAUCUUGCUUUUUGUAGAAAUGGGUUGAUGGCUAAUUGUUCAAAGAAGGUAAUCUGAGAUGGGUGUUCUUUGAAUGCAGGAAUCAGCAAACAUAUUCUUGUGAACUUGAUUGGGGUUGUGGAAGGAUUGAGACUUCACAAUCUCUUUAGUGGGUAUGAAUUGAAGGAAACCUUAGAAAUUGCGGAGGCAAGAAAAAGUAAAAAUAUGCUCGAAGCUUUGGUAAGAGAAGGAUCAUUCAAAUGGCUACUUAGCAAGCGAAGCUCCUUUGCAGAGGAAGUGGAGGAUCUGCAGAACUCUCCAUCUGCUGGAAGGAAUUGGAUACCUGAGCUCUCUCCGGUUGCAAAUAUCAUUGUGCACCGCUGCUCAAAAAUCCUGGAAACCUCUUCAAAUGAGCUUCUAGAACGCUUCAAUGCUGAGGCGUCUGAUUCUAUAAAGUCACAGCAUGCGAGGAAUUUUUUGGAAUACUGUUGUUUCAGGGCUCUUGGUCUUCCUACUCAAGUAAUGGGUCAUCUGGCUGAUAAAAAGUUUCGACGUCUUACAUUUGACAUGAUGGUUGCUUGGGAAGCCCCAGCAGCUGCCGGCCAAUAUCCAGUUGAUUUAGAUGAUGAUCUCUCAGUUGGGGUGGAAGCCUUCACUAGAAUAGCACCAGCAGUUCCAAUCAUUGCCAAUGUGGUUAUUUGUGAAAAUCUUUUCAAUGUUCUUACAUCCUCAACAGCUGGUCGACUUCAUUUCUCUGUCUAUGAUAAGUACCUAAGUGGACUAGAAAGAUUUGUGGUAGGAUCUCUAUUUAGUAGGUUUGCAAAUCUAAAUAUGGUAUGGUUAUGGUAUUCUAAAAUUUAUUCUAUAGUGAUAAAAAGGAUGAAGACCCAAACAAAGUCCUCUCUUCUGUCUGCUAUUCGAGUUUCAAGAGGAGAAAAGAUACUUGAGGUGGAUGGGACAGUCACUACUCAACCGGUUCUUGAACAUGUUGGAGUGUCAACAUGGCCAGGUCGAUUAAUACUGACUGAUCAAGCAUUGUACUUUGAAGCCCUUAAAGUUGUAUCUUAUGACAAACCUAAAAGAUAUGAUCUGUCAAAUGAUCUAAAACAAAUUGUUAAACCUGAGUUGACUGGACCAUGGGGUACUCGGCUUUUUGACAAGGCAGUGUUGUACAAAUCAAUUUCCUUAUCUGAACCAGUUGUUAUAGAGUUUCCUGAGCUUAAAGGGCACACUCGGCGUGACUACUGGCUAGCAAUAAUCCGGGAAAUUUUAUAUGUUCACAAAUUUAUAAACAAGUACCAUAUAAAGGGAGUUGAAAAGGAUGAUGCACUUUCGAAAGCUAUUCUUGGAAUUUUACGUGUGCAAGCCAUUCAAGAAAUUAGUUCCUCAAACUCUGUACAGUUUGAGUCUCUUCUCAUGUUUAACCUUUGUGAUCAAUUACCUGGGGGAGAUUUGAUACUGGAGACUCUAGCAAAAAUCUCAAAUUCUAGAAAAUUAGAACGGGGUAAUAAUAAAGUGGCUGGAGGUGGCAUGUACUCAAUCUCAGCCUUGGCAAUGGUUUCAAACUUGGGUUUUGUGUUUGGUUCAAGUUCCAGUAGUCCAAGUGAGGAUGAACUUCUUGUUGGUGAAGUAGUUGUGGGGGAGAUGAGUUUAUUGGAGAGAACAGUUAAAGAAUCUAGUGACAACUAUAAAAAGGUGGUGCAAGCACAAGAAACAGUCGAUGGGGUUAAAGUAGAUGGUAUUGACACCAAUUUAGCUGUUAUGAAGGAGUUGCUAUUUCCAGUGACAGAAGUUGGGAAACUGCUUCUUUCUCUGUUAUAUUGGGAUGAUCCUCCAAAGUCAUUAAUGUUUUGUUUGCUUUUCACGUUCAUAAUUUUCAGGGGAUGGUUGGCUUAUGCCUUUGCAUUGAUGGCAUUGUUUUUCGCCAUCUUUAUGGUUCUUACGCGACUUUUCAAUCAAGGCAGGCCCGUGGAUGAAAUUAAGGUAAUAGCACCUCCACCUAUGAACACAAUGGAGCAGCUUUUGGCUGUUCAGAACGCGAUAUCUCAAGUUGAACAGCUUAUCCAAGAUGGAAACGUAGCGCUUCUCAAGUUUCGGGCCCUGUUGCUAUCCAUUUUCCCAAAGGCAAGCGAGAAGUUUGCGGCCACUCUUCUGUUUGCAGCUUUGAUACUGGCUUUAGUGCCAGGAAAGUACAUGUUGCUCCUGGUAUUUUUGGAGACAUUUACGAGAUAUUCGCUGCCGAGGAAAGCAAACACGGAAAGAUGGAUGAGGAGAUUGAGAGAGUGGUGGUUAAGCAUCCCAGCAGCUCCGGUGGUGCUUGAAAUAGAAAAGGAAGAUAAGAAGAGAAAGUGAUAGUAUGUUAAUUUUGUUGGUUGUUUUUUUAGUUUUAACUGUACAAAAGUUUAGCUCGUGUAUGUAAAGUAAUGAUAAUAUAUAACAUUACAGAGCUCUAGAAAGUUUAGAGCUCACAAAAU